UUCUCUUUUAAGGAAUAUAAUUUCGGCAGUUUGUUAGUAAUAGGAUAAUAAUAAUAAUAAUAAAGAAUAUUGGUCAUAAGCUUUCUUAUCUGCGAGGUUUUCCUUCUUUUCAUACCCUUUCCAUUCCAAGCUUCCCUUCCUUCCUUAUGCCAACACCUGCUGUGGCUUAAUUAAUUAAAAUGACGACAAGAACAAUGAGGAGGAGACUACAUCAUGGUGACGUUGAUGGAAAAAGGAACGACGAACUUUUUGAUUCUUCUGAGGUUGAUGGUUUAAGCGAACCUUUACUCGGCAAUCACAUUGAUGAUUCUUCUGUUCCCGUACCCAUACUUGAAGAUCUAUGGGACGAUGAACGGAGGAAGCAGCACAUUCACUGGACUUUUGUGUUUUCGCAAUUGAUUGCUCAGUGGGCGCAAUGGUUAGCAAAUAUUGUGCUAGGUUCUGGAUCACUUAUUUCCCGGCUUUUGCCUCUUUCUGCUCUCAGUCAAAAUGGAUCAAACAGGAAGCUUCUUCAACCUUCUCUUAGUCCUUUACAGGAAGCAAGACUUAGAGAUCUUCAGCAAAGGUUGGGAGUUCCCUUUGAUGGUUCUCAGGCAGAGCAUCAAGAUGCACUUAAACAAUUAUGGAGGCUUGCUUACCCCGAUAGAGAGCUCCCGUCUUUAAAGUCUGAGCUUUGGAAAGACAUGGGUUGGCAAGGCUCAGACCCAUCAACUGAUUUUCGGGGUGGAGGAUUUAUAUCACUGGAGAAUCUGAUCUUUUUUGCCAAGAAAUAUCCGGACUCAUUCCAGAGAUUGUUGAACAAAAGAGAUGGAACUAGAGCUGAGUGGGAGUAUCCCUUUGCUGUGGCUGGUGUUAACAUUUCUUUUAUGUUGGCACAAAUGUUGGAUCUUCAGACAGGGAAGCCAUCCACUCUGGCAGGAGUCAGAUUCUUAGAACUACUAGCAGACGAUGAAAUGGCAUUUGACAACCUUUAUUGCAUAGCAUUUCAAAUGAUGGAUGCUCAGUGGCUUGCGAAGCGAGCUUCAUAUAUGGAAUUUAAUGAUGUUUUGAAGUCUACAAGGACGCAGUUAGAGCGGGAGCUUUCCCUUGAGGAUGUCUAUACCGUGAAAGAUUUACCGGCAUACAAUAUGCUGACGGGAUAAUAUGACAAUACAGUGUAAAAUUAAAUAAAAAAUUUCCCUGUCCAUCUGUGGAAUUGAUACAUGUAGCGUUCCAAUCAAAUCUGUAAGAAGAAACCCUUUUUAUUCAUGAUCAUGAAAACCAAUUACAAUUUCCAUUAACAACACUUUCCCUUCUUAAUGGUA